AUGGAGGGCGAGGGGCUCUGCAAGGGGCAGGACUACAGAGCGCGCCGCUCUCUCCGACAUGGUGUCUUCACAAGCGAGGCUUUGCUGCUGCGUGGCUCGGACCGACUCGUGGCGAGGCCCGAGCUGCUGGCGGAUGAGGCGACCCAGGCAGUGGCGUCCUUUGGCCACCAACAGCUUUGGGAGGAAGCCCUGCAAUUGGUCCGCGGACUGCGAGAUGUCCAAACUCAACUGAGUGGGGACUGCUACGAGGCGUUGCAGCACGCUGUUCAGCGAUCAUGGCCGCAGUGCCUCUCGCUUCUCCGUCAACGAGCUUGCUGGGGCAUCCGCGAAUCGACGUCUGCGAUCCUGCAAGCGAGCACGGCUCUGAGGAAGGGUCGGCUGGACAGCUGGACAUGGUCGCUCCGCUUGCUGGGCAUGGCCCGCGAGCGGAAGAAUGGGGACAGCAAGACGAACUCACGGAGGUCAUGGAACGCGAAGCCUGCGAAGCCUGCUUAUCUUGCUUGGUCCUUUUAUUGGGACGCGUGUACCAAUACCUUCCAAGAACUUGCGGCUGCAGGCAAUUGGAGGUGGGCCAUCCAUCUUUUUGGCGAGUUCCUCCACGAGUCACCACCUUGGGAGUCGGAGGAGUUCUUCCGCAUGAGGGAGAACUUACUGGACUUGGUCGUGAUGUCCUGUGGAGCGGCAGGGCGGUGGAGAAUGGCCCUGAGCAUCUUCAGCAACAUGAGGUUCAUCCAGGUGGUUCCUGGGCAGCUGGCAUAUCAACAAGUUGUGAUCGCCUGUAGAGAGGCGGGGGCCUUCACGAUCGCCGAUCAGCUGUGCGAGGAGAUGCGCAUCUGCACCGGACAUGUCGAGCACGGCUUGUCCAUCAGUCCGGGCUUGGAGAAAAGCCACCUGCGCAUGUGCGAAGAGGUGGGCGAUUGGCAAAGGGCACUGCAGGUGUUGGGCGAGAUGCAGUGGUAUGCGAAGGAGAUGGACGAGAUCGCAUGCGGCACCGCGGCUGCUGCCUGUGCAAAUGGGGCGGCUUGGGAGGCAGCUCUCGCGCUGCAGAGCACGGAGCCACUUGUCAUGCUGGGGCUCAGCCUUGCCAACGAGUCCCGGCAGUGGGAGCGUGCUCUGCGUUUACAGGACCUGACCAAGCGACACCACGGCGGAGGAGGCGGAGGAGGCUGGGUCUCUGGGCCCCUCGGCGAGCUGCUCCUCGCAGUAGGGCGCUGGAAGCACGCCUUGCAGGUGGCGGCCAACCCGGAUCUUCGAGUUCGCGCUGCAGCGGCAGGGCGACUCUGGCAGGCAGCUUAUCAUCUUGUCGGAGGCAUCGUGGAAAGCAUGCAGCAGCACAGAGUGUCAGGGUCAGGCAGAUGCAUCCCUGCGUCGAGCCUGAAAUCGGUGCUGUGGUUGCACGACGCUUCAGCAGUUGGAUUGUCGCAGCAGGCGAUGAACAUGGCUGUCGAUGCAGUGGCACAGAAGCACCGCUGGCAGCAGGCGAUUCAGCUACUUGAAGCAGCAAGGCUGCUGCAGAGGUCGGACAUCAUCACACUCAACACCUGCCUCACCGCUGCUGUACGUGCAGAGAGCUGGCAGCAAGCCUUGGCACUGCUUGCAGAUGGCCGUAGUGCCAGACUGCCGCUGAGCAGCGUGUCGCUGGGUGCUGGCCUUGAUGCUGCGCAGCGUGGUUCUGCAUGGCAGCUGGCACUUGGAAUGCUCAGCCAGGAAGGCGAGCUCGCAAAUGCAGUCGCCAUCAAUGCUGCAGCUGGAGCUGCAGCUACAGCUGCGUGUUGGGAGAUUGCACUGGGGCUCUUGCAAGAUCAUCACUUUCUCCACAAUCGUCCAGACGUUGUGGCUUGCACCGUUGCCAUUUCAUCCUGCAGUGCGGCCUCGCGCUGGGAACAAGCCCUUUCGCUGUUGAACUGGUACGGUGCGCGAGGAGUCCAGCCUGACCUGGUGACGCUUCAGCAGAUCCAGUGCUGUUGUGAUGUCGGCAUGGUGCAUCUGGAUCUCGGACCGAUUCCGAUUCAGUACAAGAAGAACUUACGGAGAGUUUCUUCGAGGCUCUUAUCUGAUGGAUAUGAGUGGGCAGAGCGUCGCCAGAAGGGGGCGAGUCUGGCAGUGGUGGCAGCCCAAGCUCUGGAGCAGUGGGCGGCCUUGUCCAGCGAGGACGCCCGCUGCGUGGCCCGUGUCCUCCGGCGCCCAGUCUUGGACGUGCUGCAGAGGCUCCGAGGCGAUCCCAGGGCCCAAACCUCAGCGAGGCACUUGCCUCUGCGAGAUGUCUUCCUUGAGUCGCAGUCCACACUAGGCUCACCGAUGACAGCUGAAACCAUGCUGGAUCUUCAUCUUGUUUUCACAUCUCCUUCCAUGCUGCGAUGCCUGGCCCCCACGCUCCUGACUGCCAGUCAAGCGCUGAGGGCUAUGCUGCAUGCCGUCAAGGAGGGUGCUUGGUCCGAGCGUGAGCUGUGGCGUGCAGCAGUGGCACUCUUCGCCGCCCUUUGUGACGGCAUGGAACCAACAGUCGAGCAGGUGAACCUUGCCAUCGAGAUCUGCAAGGAGGCUCGUGCAAUUCGGCCGAUGUUCGAGAUGUACAAGUCUGCAAGGAGGCUACCCAGCUUCCGUCCAGACUAUGGGACUUUCGAGAACCUGGCGAGUGGCGGUACGCUGGCACCCGGCCAAUACUGGUGGCACUGCCUUCUUUUCAUGGAGGAGGCUCAGAGCCUGCUUCCUCGAAAGCAGCUGACGAGUUCGAUGACGAAGACUAUCAAGGCUUGCUCGGACGCGUCGGCAUGGGGAACGGCGCUUUUCCACCUUCGCCAUGCGAUGGACCUGGCAACGUCAACUGUCCCUGGCAGACAUGCCCGGCUGCCGGAGCUGCUUCGGGAGCGCCUUGAGGUACCGGUGCAGGCUACAAGGAGCCUGGCACAGCCGGCGCCUCCGACACGAGGCGCAUCGUCCCUGGCACUGCCGCUGGCUGCACUGAGCUUGGCAGCUGCGUCUCGAAGUCCCAAGAAGCAGAGGCGGACGUUGAACGCUCUCACCGGGGAUGCCGAGUCGCCGCACAUCGUCAGGCAGUGGCGCUACGCUCGAAGAUCGCGUCUCCUAAACAGCCUGGACUGGACACGUUACCACCUGUGGGUGUACUUCGUUGACAGCUGUGAGCCUUCCUACGCAAGAUCCAGGUUGUGCAGAUUUUUCUUCGAGAAGGUUUGUCAAGGGCACAGCACCGCCUCGUUGCUCUACUGCGCCGCUGGCGGCCUCGAAGCCACGCAGAAGGAGGAGAUGGACUUGGAGCUUCCAGCAUCGGUUCCAGAUUUGCAUUCUGAUGACCUGCAAAACUUGGUCGUUCCACCCUACACAUUCACGCCCAUGGAUUUCAGCAUGUACGAUGUUGUCGUGGCAGCCGACGAGGCUACGGCGGAGGCAGUGCGGCAGCGUCUGCGCGAGACCGGGCAGUCGGAUCGAGAUGAGCUCUGCGUCUUAAGUGAUUUCAUGGAUGCCUACGACGUACUGCUCGAGGCGGAGCAGGAGAACCCUGUCCUGGAGCCUGCCCCCGGCAUUGCUCAAGGCAUCCUCAGCCAGGACGGCCUGGCGCAACUGAUGCCCGGCCAGCCCUUGCGCGGCACGCCUCCGCCGCGACCCGUGGGCCCUCCGCUGCCGGGCCUUCCUUCGGCUUGGCAGGAGCUGUGGUCCGUGGCUAACAGUGGCAUUGACGAGCUCGCAGACACAGGAUCUGCGCAGCCCGCAGAAGAGGUCGGCCGCAUCCUGCACGCCGUUGUUGGGUUGGAGCGGUGCUUGAGAGCAAGCAUCCCCCCGAACAUGCGCUGGUGGAACGACGAGGACCUUCGACUUGGCAACGCUCCGGAAAGAAGCGAAGGUGGCUACAAGGCCCGGGGCUGGGCCGACCAAUGGGACUUCCAGCGCCAGGUGCACGUGCGACGUGUCGGCAAGCUCCGUCCGGCAGUCCCAGGUGUGCCUGUGCCAGCCUUCCAGGACAAGGUGGCAGAGUUCUUCCGUGCCUGUGCACAAGACAAGAUGGGAAAAAUGCCCGGCCUGUCUGAGAUGCUAGAAACAAGCUACAGGAGUCUGUGGCAGCGAGGCUCGCGACUGAAGGUGGAAAGCCAGGAGCUUCUGGGCCUCGAACGUCUCAGUUCGGUACGCUUUGCGCUUCGAGAGGAGACUCUCCAGGCUUUCCGCCGACAUCGCUACAAGUCGCUGCUGGGGCUGCAGCUGCUUCGAGGCUUGCGCCGCCGCCGGGCCCUGGAAGCCUCCUGGCUUCUGCGUUCCGAUGUGCUUCUGGAAAAGCAGAGCGGCCUAGGCCUAGGCACGCCGGAGGCCCUUCAGCUUGUGAAGCUGAGCAGCGACACCCCGAUCACCGUUCGACCGCACAGGAGAACUCGCGUGCGGCAGCGACACAAGCACGGGACUUCAAGGAAAUCGCGCUCCAGGAGACGCCCCUCCGCUGCGUGGAAGGGACGGCUUGAAGUACGCCGAGCAGAAAAAGAGGAAGGCGGUGGAGACUGUGCAGAAAUCAUUCAGGCCAAAGCAGCCUGGGUGAGCUAUCGCCUCCUGGUGGAUCGCAGCAGAUGCCCUGAGGCGGAGGUUCCCCGGACACGCCGAGCGGAGGAGAUUCAGCCUUUGUUGCCGGCACCGCGCUCAUGCUUAUCAUGCCUUAAAGCACUUGUGGAAGUAUGUGUGAAGGCACUCACAUGCUUGUGCUUGCAUCUCUGA